CCCCCUAACUACACUGCACAUAAGAAGACCCCCAAAAUCUAAUACAUAAAAGCAAUACAACUUUUUACUGUUCAUUCUAUAGUAUUCCCGCUCAACCCAUUUUUACAUCUCAUUCGUCCAUUUCCUGCAUCUUCACCCAUGGAUUUCAGUAUUACAUCUCUUUCCCUUGUUUAUUUCUCCUCCUUCGCCAUCGUAUCCAUCUACGCUGCCUUUACCCCUUCUCCACUUUUACGCUUCCUCCAUUUCAACCGGCUUCAUCCCCGUUCUAGGUCGAUCCAAAGUCGGGAGGGAAACAACCUAGAUCUUAAGCUAAGGUCCCUGAGCAAUCACUUAGUGGAAAAGGAAGUGAUCGAGUGAUGACAAUCAGGAGGUGUGCUUGGAACGAGUCAUCCUUUGAAUCUAAUACAUAAAAGCAAUACAACUUUUUACUGUUCAUUCUACAGUAUUCCCGCUCAACCCAUUUUUACAUCUCAUUCGUCCAUUUCCCGCAUCUUCACCCAUCCAUUUCAGUAUUACAUCUCUUUCCCUUGUUUAUUUCUCCUCCUUCGCCAUCGUAUCCAUCUACGCUGCCUUUACCCCUUCUCCACUUUUACGCUUCCUCCAUUUCAACCGGCUUCAUCCCCGUUCCAGGUCGAUCCAAAGUCCGGAGGGAAACAACCUAGAUCUUAAGCUAAGGUCCCUGAGCAAUCGCUUAGUGGAAAAGGAAGUGAUCGAGUGAUGACAAUCAGGAGGUGUGCUUGGAACGAGUCAUCCUUUGAAUAAAGCAUAAUAGCUCACUGGUCUAGCUCCAUAACAUCGAAUAUGUAUCAGCGCUCAAGUGAUUCACCGAAGCGACGAGACUUGGAAAGCUGCUUUUUCAAGUGUCAAGAGCAAAUCUUCAGACUCUUUCUCCUUACGUAAAUGCUUCAGCUCUUAGGGAUAGAGAAGAUGAAAUCACAAGUUUAUCGCAUUGCGGGUUUCCAUUUAAGGUAUUUGAUGGCUUUGGAUGUGGAACUGUGAAAGUAAUAAAAGCUUUUAUAUAAAAUCUUUUACAUCAAUUUCAGUAGUAAUUGUUGCGUUAAUAGCUUUUAAUUCUGCUUAUUGUUGUGUUAUUAUAUAGUGAUGCAGGACGAAGAGAUUAUAAACUUGCCAGUUUUAGAUGUGUUUCAGUUUCUUGAUGUAAGAAAAGGGAUGCAAAAACUUAAGCUAAUCAUCUCAAAAAACUUGAGUUAAUAAAAGUACUUAUUUCAAAAGCAGAAAUAUAAACUGAAAUUAAAUCUAUAACCGCUAAAAAUGAUUAACCAAAUCUUUUUAUUAGAAUGAAAUAUAACUUGGGCAUAUAACUCAAGCUUUUAUGAUUAUCGUACGAGUUUGUUGCGGUGGAAUUUGAAGAUAGUUAGCUUUUAUGAGUUUUCUCCUUGUGUCCUGUAAAAUAUACAAACACAAUAGUAUUAUUUGUACUCACAAGUAGUCGAGUCAAUGCCCACCUUUGAGGAAUGAGAUUUAUUCUAUUCAUUCGUAAGCAUGGUCAUUUAACAUCUAACACGUGAGCAUGAGAUAUAUCUUUCAAUUUUUAAUAGUAUACCACAAACAAGUAAGUUCUGCCAUUCACAAAAAAAAAGCAAACUUUCACUUUCUUUAUGACUGCCUCAUUCCACUAUGUCUAUAAACCGGUUGAAUUUUAAUCUCCUCUCUCAGGCUGAAGUGGCAUCUUGGAAGCCAAUUCAUCUCUUUAUCUUCUUUAUUAGAUCUUAGAGAACAUAAAUGAAAAUGAUUGAUCUAUUACAAAAUCAUUGGUGUUGGUACUUCUAAGGCUUUAUGGUUUGUUUCAGCACUUCAUUUCUCCAAAAUGAAACCCUCUCAGGCUUGGCACACACCCGCCCACUGUAUGAAACCCUCUUCAUCCUAAAAUUGAAAUAUUUUAUAUAUUUUGAUGGCUUUAUGGUUUGUUCAACACUUCAUUUCUCCAAAAUCCCAGUUUCAUUUUAUAUAUUUUGAUGGCUUUAAAUCCCAGUUUCACUUCAUUUCUCCAAAAUUCUAUGUUUGAGAACCUAUUUACAUGCAACAGACCUGAUAUUGAUUGAUUCCUUUUUACCAAUUUGGUUCGCGAUUAAUAACUCCGGAAACAAGAGGGCGAUCAACGAGAGGACCAUCCCAGCAACAGCACAACAUUUUGGUGGCAUUGUGGAGUAUGACGUUCAUAACCUGUUUGGUUUUUUGGAAUCAAAGGCUACUCACCAAGCUUUACUGAAUGUUACUGGGAAGAGACUUUUGUGCUGAGCAAGUCUACUUUUGUGGGUUCUGGCAAGUGUUGGGUGUGUUUCGGAAAAUAAAGAAAAUUAAUUAAAAUAAAUUAAUUAAAUAAAACGACUGGAGAAAAACAAGAAAGGAGAUGAAGCAGAAUUAGCCAAAGCUCGUGCUACGCACGAUUUCCUUAAAACGUAUUUGUUGCCUCCCACGGUGCUAGGAGCGUUGCAACAAUCGUUUCCCAGGAUACGAUGACUACGAACUAAUGUUUGAGCACACAAACAGGAGUUCCAGCGAACGAGAACCAAGUAUGAACACAGAAGGAUUUUUGGGAGUAGCUGGAAGAGUUUUCAGCUCAAGAAAACGUGAGGAAAGUGUUGUGCGUUAUCAAACCGUGUGUGUGUUGCAAAGCACCUGCCAGCUAUUUAUAGGAGGAUUUGUUGUGUGUUAAAUGGGGUGUUAAUGGACCUGAAGGUUGGACAUCAAUGACCAGUCCGUUGGGCAUUGAAUCGUCCAUAAACUGUCCAUUUAACGCAGCAUUAAAAGAUAAGAACGUUGGGCAUUAAUUGUUGUAACGGAAGAAACGAUUCUGUUCGAGGCCUUCUGGGAAAAAACGUUCGGGAAGAAAACAAAAAUUAACCGUAUCUCUUGAGAAAUAGAUUUUUGGACGGCAUUCGUGUCCGCAGGUCGCCCGCGCACACGAGUCGCGGAUUUUCUUCUCCGUUUCGGGAUUUGAUCGGCACCCCCCCCCCCCUGCGCGUAAGAGAGAGCCUUUCCCUUUAGGAAUCUUAACUCCUUAAAAGAGGCUUCCCUUUAAAAGGGGGUGAAAAUCCCUUGAGUUUUUCGGUGUGGGAUAAAACACACUAGAAACUCAUCAUUUUCCCAGUUUUUCCAUUACAACGAGCGAACUUCGAGAAUCAAUUUCUCAUUCACCCGUUAUCCGUUUUGAGCGUACCAUAUAUCGAAUUGUAGCCCUUAACAAGGACAAUCCGAAACCACUUUGACCCGACCCAAAUCGGAAGUGGACCCCACUCAAAUAAUUGCCCCAAAAUGACCAUUUAAUGCAAUUUUUAACACAUUUUUCCAACAGCAAGUACGCUGCACACUGGACCGGUGACAAUGCGGCCAGCUGGGAUGAUUUGGCGUUCAACAUUCCACCAAUUUUGAAUUCUGGACUCUUUGGCAUUCCCAUGGUUGGCGCUGACAUUUGUGGCUUUGCUAGAAGUACCACUGAAGAACUUUGCCAGAGGUUGAUGCAGUUAGGGGCAUUCUAUCCAUUUUCAAGAAACCAUGGGGACAAGUUGAGCAACUGUCAUGAGCCGUACAUCUGGGAAUCAGUGGUUGCAUCAGCCAAGAAGGUGUUGGGGUUGCGCUACCACCUACUCCCAUACUUCUACACAUUAAUGUACAAGGCACACCUUCGCGGGGUCCCCAUUGCAAGGCCGCUCUUCUUUUCAUUCCCCAAUGAACUCAACACACACAAAGUCUACUCCUAGUUCCUCAUCGGCAAGGGCGUGCUGAUAUCCCCUGUACUAACCAGUGGUGCUGUCUCAGUUGAAGCAUAUUUCCCAGCCGGAACAUGGUACGACCUCUUCAACUAUUCAAACUCUGUGAAGUCAGAAUCUGGGGGUAAUGUGACUCUUGAUGCUCCUCUUGAUCACAUUAAUGUUCAUCUCCGGGAGGGACAUAUUCUAGCAUUGCAGGGAGAAGGGUUAACUACACAAGCAGCACCGUAAAUAGUUCUGGUGAAGUUUUCUUGGAUGAUGGACAAGAGGUAGAAAUGGGCGGUGUGGGAGGCAAAUGGAGCUUAGUGCAUUUCCAAACCAAGAGUGUUGGGGAUAAUGUAACUCUUAUGUCAGCGGUCACAAACCCGGAUAUUGCUGUCAGCAGUGGUUGGAUUAUAAAGAAAGUUACUGUUCUUUGAUUGAAUAAUAGCACUGGUGUAGUGGAGAUCCCUGGGCUAAAUCUGCCUAUUGGGAAAGACUUUACUUUCGAUCUAUCAUUCCAUUAGUGAGAAGACACACAUGAUCACAACACAUUGUUGUUUGCCGUUUAAAUACCAUUUUUCUUUUUGUGUUUUGUACUACAAUGAUUUCAAUUAAUAAAAAUUGACAAGAA